GCAUUUAAAGAGGCACUAGAAGAAUAAACAGAACAAUUUUCUAAAUCAUUGUAAAUUUAGCGUCAGAUGAAUACGAUUCUUUUAAAGAACAAACGAUGCAACCCGUUGGUUCCUUAUGCUAUGUGCAACACCCAUCAGCGUUGCGCCCACUAGAGCACGUUAGUUGUGCUUACAACUUGGCUGUUGCGUGACGGCUAUGGGUGACGAAUUUUGUGCGCGAAACUACAGUUGCUAGCGAAACGAGCAUGAUCCGAUCAAUCCGUGGUCAUCGUUUUUACAGCUUUAUGCGCCUUGUAUUGACUUGCCUACGGGGAGGGCACGUUCAAGCGCGCAUCGGUACCCGCAUAUGGAGCACUGACACGCCUGCCCAUCGGCGCAUGAAACCUAUACUCCACCAGCUGGUGGUGGUGCAUGGUGAUCUUUGUUGUGAAGUAAAUUGAAGCCUACAGCAUGGAGGCUGAAGAGCAAAGGGCGACUUUUGGUGCAGCAGACUACGCUGUGUUUUCAGUGAUGCUUGUGGUGUCAUCGCUCAUUGGCAUCUACUACCGGUUUACGGGUGACCGGCAGCGGACAGCACGCGAAUACCUAGUGGCAAACAAGAACAUGUCAGUGGUGCCUGUGGCAUUCUCACUCAUGGCGAGCUUCAUGUCUGCAGUUACAUUGCUGGGCGUUCCUUCCGAGAAUUACUACUAUGGCACUCAGUUUGUUAUUAUCAACAUUGCAUACAUCUUUGGCACACCCAUUGCUGCCUAUGUUUUCCUGCCCGUGUUCUACAACCUCCAGGUCAUCAGUGUUUACGAGUACUUGGAAAGAAGAUUUGGGAAGGCAACCCGUCUGGCUAUGUCUGCUACAUUUGUAAUACAAAUGGUGCUGUACAUGGCAGUCGUGUUGUACGCACCAGCUGUGGCCCUGAGUGCUGUCACUGGCAUAUCAAAGUGGCUUUCUAUUAUCUCUGUGGGUCUGGUCUGCACAUUUUAUUGCACUAUUGGUGGCAUGAAGGCUGUCCUGUGGACUGACCUGUUCCAGUCAAUACUCAUGUUUGUGUCCAUGUUUGCUGUUGUUGGUGUGGGCACCUAUAGGAUGGGCGGUGUCUCCAAUGUCUGGAAUGAAGCGCUCGCUGGAGGGAGGAUAGAGUUUUUAAACUUUGACCCAGACCCAACUGUACGCCACACCGUGUGGACCCUGGCCAUUGGAGGCAUCUUUGUCUAUGUAUCCCUCUACGGCGUCAAUCAGGCCCAGGUUCAGAGACUCAUGACUGUCAGCACACUCAAGAAAGCACAGCUUGCUCUCUUCCUCAACUGGCCCAUUGUUUCGGCACUGAGCUUGAUCACAAGCUCUGCUGGUAUUGUGAUGUACGCAAACUUCAGGCACUGUGACCCCUUGUUGUCGGGCAAGAUAACCAAAACGGAUCAGGUGCUGCCCUAUUUUGUGAUGCUCUACCUGGGAGGAGUUCCAGGCCUGCCUGGGCUCUUUGUGGCUGGUAUUUUCAGUGGAGCUCUCAGCACAGUUUCGUCAGCUGUAAACUCCCUGGCGGCUGUCUUACUGGAGGACUUUGUGCGGCCCUUUUGUAUUUCCCAAAAGACCUACGACAAGCACGCAUCUCUAAUUCUCAAAGUUCUUGCUUUCUUCUUUGGUGUCCUGUGUGUACUGCUGACGGGUUUGGUGGAGCAGCUAGGUGGCGUUCUGCAGGCGUCCUUCAUGAUCUUUGGAGUGGUGGGUGGCCCACUGCUCGGGGUCUUCACGUUAGGCUUUCUUUGUCGCAGAGCCAAUCAGGAGGCAGCACUGUCUGGUCUUGUUGCAGGCCUCCUGAUGGGGUUCUGGAUUGGAAUCGGUGCCACUGUGUAUGGUGUGAAACCAGAGGGUCUUCCUCUCCUUGAUGAUAAGUGCCCAACAUCGUUGGGUGCCACAAGUGCCUUGACAACCGCUGUGUCCUAUGUUUCGGAAAAUGCAACCACAGCUGCGGUCACCAUCCUUGCUGAAAGCACAGUAUCUGACAACGGAACGUCUGUCAAUGUCAUUGCUGGCGAGAGGUACAUAUUGCCUCUGUACCGUCUGUCGUACCAGUGGUACUGCGGCUUUGGCUGGCUGGUGGUCAUCGUGGUCGGCAGCAUAGUCACAUUGCUUACGGGUGGUGCCAAGGACGUUGACCCUUACUGCCUGAGCCCAUUGGUUACCAAGAGUCUCAACAGGCGUCAGCGGUCCUGGUCACUGGACAGAGUGCGACGUUCAUCAGUCACAAGUUCACAGAUUCCCAUGACUGCGAUCAAAGAAUAACAUCUGUUGAGAAUACCUCACUCGAGCUGUAAUGGAGACGUACCUGGCAGCAGCAAGUCAGCAAUUUUAUUUUUUCAUUCUCACUAGGGUAAGGCACAGAGUUCACAUCAGGGUAUGCUACGCAGUCUUAUGGUCUGUAAAAAAACCUUCCUGUCAGAUUUUUUUAUAUAUUCAUGUUUUGUUAUUCUUUCAUGCAUAUGAAGUUGCGGUGUAGCACCUGCGUAAUUCACGACUCAUAUUCUUAACAUUUCGGGCUUUGUUUUGCUCAUUUGUGCUGACAGUGCUGUUCUUUCUUUGAUGUUUUAAUGAGCAUAUGUGGCCUGUUGUGGUUACUUUUUGUUUCACUUCAGUUUGAUUUUACUUUGAUAUCAUCAAACAUCAGUCAUGUUAGUUUCUUAGGAAGCCUGCACCAGGGAUUUAUGUUUAGAUGUAGCAGAUGAGCUACAGAUCUCGGAUUUAGUAGACUUCUAGAAGUGAUGCUCAGAUCUGUGAAACACAUUGUUGAAAGUGUAUUGAAUGCGAAACUUAUCAAAGUCUUCCAUGCCAAGUUUAGCUGAGGCAGAAGUUGUGUAAUGCAGUUUUUUUUACCUUUUUGGCCCCUCCCCCUUCAGCGAUCUCCUUCCUUGUUGUUGCUGUCAGUAUUUAAACAUUGUAGCAAAUGCCGUCCUUCUUUUUUGUAGUUGUGAAUUUCAUGAAAUGGACUGAGGUAUUGUUGCAUAGCCGAGUAUGGGUGCCAGCUUACUGGUAUCGUUAAUCUGUUUGCCGAGGCUGAACAUUUUUGACUGCCAUGUAAAGGACUAGUAAAAUGUGUUACAUGCCUAACGUCUCAAAAUGGUCUGUUGUUGUGGUUUAUCUGUCAACAGUAGUUAAACUUAAAGCACAUUACGCAGAUUGUGAGAGAGUGUGGAAUGUUGUUCUCUUUCAUACCCAUUGCAAAAAGAUGCUCGUGUUGUCCUCGGGACAAAUUAUGCAGUGUUGUUAGAAAUGCUGGUGUCACUGUGUUGUUAUAGGUUUGCACAUUUGAAUCCGAGGAAUUUAUAUUUAAUGCGGAUACUUGCUGAAAGUGAUAGUGAACAGCAACCAUCGCAUGACUUGAUAGGUGUUCUAAGACAUCUGAGGGCCACAGUUCGUAAUCAACAAAGCAGAGGCAAGCUAGUUUAGGAAAGGCAACCACAGCAGAACAAGUGCAAAGAUGAAGAAAGGAAAUGACUGAAGACAGCCAAACAUUUUAUUAUUAUAUGAGUCCAGCAUUUGUUCUUUUUUCUUUUCCCCCUCAUCUGUAUUGCAUUAUGUGCUCAUUCUUAUUUGAACAAAAUGCCUCUAAAACAAUGAUCAAAGCUCUUUCUAUAAUGUAUAGAGUUGAGUCAGGCAUCCUCUUGAGGACGUACCCGUUGGAAAAUGUUGGCAUUUGAAAAUGGCAGUGACGAUGUAAAGAGGUUCUGAGAAUUUGGUGGCAACGGCAUUUUGUUAAAGGAACGUGUUUGGCUUUGCACUUCAGAAAGCUGCGAGCAUGUUAAUGAGCUGCAAUGUGUACAUAUACAUAGUUCAAUUGCUGUGUUUUAAGAAGAGCUCCCAUGGUCUGUGUGUUGCAGGAGAACAAACUAUACCCUCCAGAGCAUAUCUUGCAUUGUCAGAAACAUUGGGUACAUAUUCACUAAGUUAUUUUUACACAUUCCGCCAAACAGUACACCUUUACAUGGUAGGAACUUUUCACUAUGUUUUAGAAAAACAAAAUAUUUUUUAUUCAUCUUUUUUUGGGGGGAAAGCUUAAUUUCAAAGUGCAAUAUUUUGUAAGCAAGACACCGCUGUCUAGACAUGCUCCUCCUAAAUUUUGCUCCUUCCAGGCAUCAUGCUUAUUGGGCUCAUGUUGGCCAUAUUUUCAGUAUAGGUGUCGCUUAGUGGUGAUAUGUCCAUAUUAUGCUGUGCGAUGAAGAUGCUGUUUGUAUGCAAGGAAUGUUUUCUUAUGGUGGCCGGUUGAGGUGGAUAACCCAUUACAUGUGUGUCAGCAACGAGAAUGGUUUCAGCAUUGUGCAGUGGAAAAUGGACAACACAACAAUGCCAAGUAACCUUCAGGCAAAAAAUAUGACUGAGAUGAAUUUUAAGUGAUAGGCCAUGUUAGCAGUAGUGUUUUGAGUUUUUUUUUCAAUUUGUGGUGGAAGGUUUAUAUUUCAUAUUGUGUUGUUUUAGAAGUUUGGAUCUUUUUCAGAGUUGUGAGAACACGCAUGAUCGUUUUCUUGCUCAUAGCAUUAACAUUACUGCUCACGAAUGCUAAUUUUAAAUGUGCUCCCUAGUUCAGCUUUGCUCAGUAUUUGAGCACUGCUCUUUUUUAUGACACAGGGUGGAUGAACUUUCUUAGUGGUUGCUACAGGUGGUUCUUUUGUGGCAGCUAUCACUGCAGCAUCCAUACCAGUGAGUGUUGAGGCUUGAUUAUUUGUAAAGGUCAAGCAUGGGGCAACAGAAUCUUAUUUGAUUUAAUCAAGACUUGUUUACGGCAUGUAUCUUAAGGUCGUUUGAUUUUGAUCUCUUUUCGUGGGCUUGUGCGAAUAUUUACAAUGGUUGUGAAGCUCCAAACACAUUGUUUUAAAGUGCUGUUGAACAUGUGAACAAAGAGAACGAAAUUAAAUUACUAUACUCUUAA